AUGGAAGUGGAAAUAACCUUUGCUGGCGAAAUCAACCUCAAACCAAAAUCCGAAGAUGCUGGGAAACUCAAGAUUUGCAUAAGUGUGUCGGGCACAUCAAUUGAUCGUGAAACACCAAAUUUUGUUCUCUCUUACGAUGACUUCGAAAGCGUUGUGUCAUCCUACCCUAGCGACUUGAAAGAACUGAAAGGCUGGUUGGACUUAGCAGGGCUCACCCACCAAUAUGUUGACGAUGCUACCCGUAAGCUCACUGAAUGUAUCUAUAAUAGUUUGAUGUCCAUGGUAUUCUCUCCAGUUUGUGCUACGUUAGUGAACAUUCACUGUAAGAUCAUUCCCUCUCCUCCUCAAGCUCACACCAAUAAUAUCCGGUUAAUGAUACCGGCAAGUAAGCUUUCGGUAGAUCGUUUAGCAAGGAGAAUAUUUAAGAAUGAUAAGAAGAUGAAGACGUCGUCCAACUCUGAUGACAACAAGUGCUCAAUUUGUAUGAAGGGGUUUGGAAAGGAUGAAAUAGUCGUGACAUUACCUUGUGGACACGAGUUUGACGAUACUUGCAUUGUGAAGUGGUUUUUGAUCAAUCAUGCUUGUCCAUUGUGCCGUUUCGAGUUGCCAUGUCAAGAGUGA